UCGGUCUCGUCCGUCGCGAAAGCAAAGCGGGAGAGCUACUCCUCAGUCUCAUCAGACCUCGAAGCCCAGAAUGCCGAGAUCGACGACUUCGCCCACAAGCGCUUCGGCUUCAUCCGGUACACGGCGCUCAACGUCUACCGCCGCCUAUUCAGCAUUGCCUUCAUCGGCAAUGCCAUCGCUUUCAUCAUUCUCAUGGUCAAGGGGACCGCCCCCCUGGACUUCGUCAAUGCCGCCGCCGUCAACCUGGCCGUCUGUGGCCUCUGCCGCCACCCGCUGGUCGUCAACUCGCUGUUUCUCACCUUCGGCUCCGUCCCGCGCUCGGCGCCCGUGAGGCUGCGCCGCCUAGCCUGCAAGAUCUUCCACCUCGGCGGCGUCCACAGCGGCGCCGGCGUGGCCUCGUGCGUCUGGUACAUCGGCUUCGCGGGGCUCUACACCUACCAUUUCGUGCCCUCGCCCGCGUCCAUCGCGGUGCUCGUGCUGGUCUGGUUCGUCCUAGCCCUGCUCCUCGCCAUCAUCACCGUCGCCCACCCCGUCUUCCGGGCCAAGUACCACGACUACUUCGAACUCACCCACCGCUUCGCCAACUGGGCCAUCCUCGCCCUCUUCUGGGUGCUCAUCUUCCUGCUCGGCGCCCAGGAACCCUCCCUCUCCGCCUUCCUAAUCAACCUCCCCGCCUUCUGGAUCCUCAUCAUCCUCACCGCCGCCACCAUCCACCCCUGGCUGCUCCUCCGCCGCGUCCCCGUCAAGGCCGAGGCGCUCUCCCCGCACGCCGUGCGCCUGCACUUCUCGCACGCCACCGUGCACUUCGGGCAGGGCAUCAGCGUGGCGCGCCACCCGCUCGGCGACUGGCACAGCUUCGCGAGCUUCACGGACCAGUUCGACGCGGCCGACACCAAGUUCUCCUGCUUAGUCUCCAAGGCCGGCGACUGGACGCGCCAGGCCAUCGCGCAGCCGCCGACGCGGCUGUGGAAGCGCGGCGUGCCCACCUACGGCUUCGGCUACGUGUUCCGCAUGUUUGAGCGCAUCAUUGUUGUUACUACCGGGUCGGGCAUCGGGCCUUGUCUGUCGUUCAUCGAGGACCCGCGCCGGCCCGACAUGCGCGUCGUGUGGCAGACCAAGAGCCCGCUCAAGACGUAUGGCCAGCGCACGCUGGAUCUGGUCAAGCGCAUGGAUGCCGAGCCGGUAAUUAUCGAUACGUCGGUUACGGGCCGCGUGGAUAUGCUGCCCGUUGUGCUGCGGCUGUACAAGGAGUUUGGCGCCGAUGCCGUGUGUGUCAUCAGCAACCCGAAGAUGACCCGCAGUCUGGUGUACAGCCUGGAGACACGUGGCAUUGCCGCGUACGGGCCGAUUUUUGAUAGUUAAGCGGGUGGAUGGAAGGUCAUGGUUGUGGGUCGGGGACUGCAAAUGGGCGGUUUACCAUACUAAAUGGGUGGAUGGGUUUUACGUCUGGUAUGGAAUAGAUGUAUAUCAUGAUUACUAACCGGUUGGGGAUGGUUUCACGGCAUGUCACUGGGUUGGGCGGAUGGGGCGGUUCCUGGAAUAAACAUAUCACGCUAUGGGUUAUGGCUAUGAAUACUAAUGAGAAGGGAUUUGGUUUGCCUGAUGAUGUUCUCUA